GCGAAGGUCAGACUGCAGCCUGCCUACUCCUCGCACUGCCUGCCACACCUUCACAGGAUGACCAGCAGGGGGCAGUGUGUGGGACGAGCCGAGCCUCUAAGUAAGAAUGGCCGGAUGCACCCCUGUGCUUGGAUCAUUGAAAACUUGCUGCUUACACUCACUGUGCUAGGUGUGGUCCUGGGCUCCAUGUUUGGAAUGUUGCUGCGAUACAUACCUGACCUGGAUUCCAGCUCGCUGAUGCUCAUCUCCUUUCCUGGUGACAUCCUGAUGAGGAUGCUGAAGAUGCUUAUACUCCCUCUUAUAAUCUCCAGCCUGAUUACAGGAUUGGCUGGGCUGGAUGCCCACUCCAGUGGCAGGAUGGGUACCAGGGCCAUGAUCUACUACCUGUCCACAACAAUCAUUGCAGCAGUACUAGGGGUCAUACUGGUUUUGGGGAUCCACCCAGGGAAUCCUCACCUCAGAGCUCAAGUGCACACAGCCCUGAAGAAUCAGGAGGUCAGCAGUCUCGAUGCCUUCCUGGACCUCAUCCGGAACCUGUUCCCAGAGAACCUGGUCCAGGCCUCUUUCCAGCAGGUUCAGACGGUCAUUAAGACGGUAGCUGUGCCAGUCCAGAACCAGACUGAACCGGUCUUCGUCUCCAAGAAGAAACUGGAGCUGAAAUGGGGCAUGAACGUGCUGGGCCUGAUCGGCUUCUUCAUCACCUUCGGAGUGUGCAUGGGCAGGAUGGGCGAGAGGGCGAAGGCCAUGGCCGACUUCUUUAACAUCCUCAAUGAGAUCAUUAUGAAGAUGGUCUCCAUGAUAAUGUGGUACUCUCCUGUGGGCAUCGCCUCUUUGAUCUGUGGCAAGAUAGCGGCCAUUGAAGACCUGGAGGUGGUGGGCCAGCAGCUGGGCAUGUACAUGGUGACCGUCAUGGUGGGCCUGAUGGUCCAUGGGGGCAUCAUCUUGCCGCUCAUCUUCUUCGCCGUCACAAGAAUGAACCCCUUUGCCUUUUACUCGGGCAUCUUCCAGGCCUGGAUCACCGCCCUGGGCACAGCCAGCAGCGCUGGGACGUUGCCCGUGACCUUCCGCUGUCUGGAGAAGAACCUGCGGAUCGACAGGCGUGUGACCCGCUUCGUGCUGCCCAUUGGCGCCACCAUCAACAUGGAUGGCACGGCCCUGUAUGAGGCCGUGGCUGCCAUCUUCAUCGCUCAGAUGAACAACAUCGAGCUAGACGGCGGGCAAAUCGUCACUGUCAGCAUGACAGCUACUCUGGCCAGUGUGGGAGCGGCCAGCAUCCCGAGCGCCGGCCUGGUCACCAUGCUGCUCAUCCUGACGGCAGUGGGCCUUCCUACCCAAGAUGUCAGCCUGCUUGUUGCUGUGGACUGGCUCCUGUGA